AUGGUAUCGAAAACAAUGAAAGCGAUCCAAAUCCAAAAAUACAACGAGCCAUACCAUGUGUCCGAGGUGCCUGUUCCUCACCCAAAGCCACAUCAAGUAUUAGUACGCAUCAAGGCUGCUGGGUUCUGUCAUACCGACUUGAUGGCCCUAAACGGUGAAUUCAAAACUCGUUUACCAUUUAUCGGAUCGCAUGAGCCGGCGGGGAUAAUUGAGGAAGUUGGCUCUCAGGUCACAGGUUUCCAGAAAGGCGACCGUGUCGGCUGCAUCAAUUUUGACAGUGUCUGUGGAAACUGUUCGGAUUGUAAGGCUGGUCGUCCUAUCUAUUGCGAUGCCCCUAUGAUGAAGGGCAUCACUGCUGAUGGAGCGUGGGCCGAAUACAUGGUCGCGGAUGCUCGAUUUGUGGUGAAAAUACCAGAUGAUAUGGAAUUUAAAGUGGCAGCACCUCUGAUGUGCGCCGGGAUCAGCAUCUACGGUGGCAUUGUCCGGGCCAAUGUGCCCCAAGGCGGCUCUAUUGGCAUUGUCGGGAUUGGAGGUCUAGGUCAUAUUGGUACCCAGGUUGCCAAGUGCAUGGGCUACAAAGUAGCGGCAAUUGAUGCCAAGCAGUCAGCUCUGGAUGCAGUGGCAUCCUACGAGCACAAGCCUGACGUAUCCAUUCUGGCCACAAAUCAAGUGGAAGAGUCCCAAGAGAAGAUCAACAAGGCUAUGUCUAGCGACUAUUCAGGCCUUGAUGCGACCGUCCUAGCCACGGAUCAUCCGUCGGCCUUCGAAUUAGCGGCUGCCCUUACACGGAAGCACGGUACGAUGGUCCUGCUUGGUCAGCCCGAAAAGGGGAUAACCAUGUCAUACCACACGGUCAUCUACAAGGACAUCACGUUGGUAGGCUCCUUAAUUGCCGACACAGCUGAUGCGCAGGCGUUCAUUCAGUUGUUCCACGAGAACAAGCUGCACGUGGAGGUCAAGGAGUGGAAGCUGGAUCAGGCAGAGCAGAUGAGGCAGGAGUACUUGACCGGAAAGUCGAAUGGCAAGAAUGUCAUUGUUAUUGACUGA